AUGGCGGAAACCGGUACUCUGCACCGGUUCUUUGCCCGGGCCAGUGAUGACCCCAGCUCGACGGGUAGUUCACUGUCCGCGCUCCUAGCCACUCUGAUCCCCGCCCUGGCCGUGGCCGCGGUCAUGACCGUUCUGUUCAUCAUCCUGCGCAAGUCCCAGCGUCGCACCUACAUGCCCCGAACCUACAUUGGCUACCUGCGCGACUGGCAGAAGACUCCCGAAUCGCCCACCGGCCUUUUGAACUGGAUCACCUCCAUGUACAAGCUCCCCGAUACCUAUGUCCUGCAGCACCACUCCUUGGAUGCGUACCUGCUGCUCCGCUUCCUUAAGUUAUGCUCGAUGCUUCUAUUCGUCGGCUGCUGCAUCACUUGGCCCGUCCUGUUCCCCGUCAAUGCGACUGGCGGUGGCAAAGGUACGCAAUUCGAUAUCCUGAAUAUUGGGAACAUCGACAAGGAUGGCUAUGCGCGCUACUUCGCUCACAACUUCAUCGCUUGGAUCUUCGUUUCUUUCGUCUUCUGGUUGAUCACCCGCGAGCACAUCUUCUACAUCAACCUGCGCCAGGCUUACUUCUUCUCGCCCGCCUAUGCCAACCGUAUCUCGUCGCGCACCGUUCUUUUCUCCGCCGUGACUGCGGAUUACCUGAACAAGGACAAGAUCCGUGCCAUGUUCGGCAAGGAGAAGGUCCAGAACGUUUGGAUCGCCACGGAUACCGCCGAGCUCGAGAAGAAGGUCGAGGAACGUGAUUCCGCGGCCAUGAAGCUGGAGGGUGCCGAGACUGCUCUCAUUGUCCAGGCCAACAAGGCUCGCAAUAAGGCGCUCAAGAAGCAGGGCACCGUCGAGGAUGGUAACCAGGGAGAGGAGGGCGUUGGCCAAUUUGAUGACGAGUCUGGCUCCGUUGCCGCCAAAUGGGUUCAGGCCAAGGACCGCCCUACCCACCGUCUGAAGUUCCUCAUUGGCAAAAAGGUCGACACUAUCAACUGGGCUCGCUCGGAGAUCGAGCGUCUCACUCCUGAGAUCGAGGAGCUGCAGGCUAAGCAUCGCGCUGGCGAUUGCAAGCUCGUCUCGUCCGUGUUUGUCGAAUUCUACCGCCAGUCUGAUGCGCAGAGCGCCUACCAAUCUGUCGCUCACAAUCUGCCUUUGCACAUGACUCCCCGCUACAUCGGUCUCGAUCCUACCCAGGUCAUCUGGGCCAACCUCCGCAUCAAGUGGUGGGAGCGCGUCCUUCGUUACAGUGCUACCCUUGCCUUUGUUAUCGCCAUGAUUAUUUUCUGGGCUAUCCCCACUGCCGUGGUUGGUGCGAUCUCCAACAUUAAUUAUCUGGAGCAGAAGGUUCCCUUCCUGCGAUUUAUCAACAACCUUCCCAAAGUCCUCUUGGGUCUCAUUACUGGUCUUCUGCCCACUAUCCUAAUGUCUAUUCUGAUCUCGCUCGUGCCUAUCAUUCUUCGAUUGAUGGCCAAGUGGGGUGGUGCUUCCAGCCGGGCUGAAGUUGAAUUGAUCGUUCAGAACUGGUUCUUCGCUUUCCAGGUGAUUCAGGUGUUCCUGGUCCUCACUCUGGCCUCUGCUGCCACUAGUGUUAUCAGCAGUAUUCUUAUGGAUCCCGCGUCGGCUGCUACCCUGCUCUCUCAGAAGAUCCCCAGGGCUUCCAACUUCUACAUCGCGUACAUUGUUCUGCAGGGCUUGUCUUUCACCUCCGGUGCUCUCUUGCAGAUCACUGGUCUGAUCAUCGGCAAGAUUCUGGGCAAGUUCCUCGACAAGACUCCCCGCAAGAUGUACAGCCGCUGGUCCAAUUUGGCUGGUCUCGGCUGGGGUACUGUCUACCCUGCAAUGACUCUGUUGACUGUCAUUGGAAUCAUCUACUCCUGCAUUGCCCCGCUUGUCAUGGGCUUCGGCACUGUUGGCCUGUAUCUGUUCUACUUCGCCUACCGGUACAACCUGCUCUACGUGUCGAACGCUACCAUUGACACGCAGGGCAAGGCGUACACUCGAGCUUUGCAGCACCUUACCGUAGGCUGCUACCUGCUUAUGGUCUGCCUGAUCGGUCUGUUCGCUAUAGCCUCCGGUGCCAGGCGCAUCGCCGUGGGACCUCUGAUCCUCAUGAUCAUCUUCCUGGUCUUUGUCGUCCUGUACCAUAUCUCGAUGAAUAGCGCCAUGGAGCCCCUCAUUAACUACCUGCCCAGGAACCUUGAGCACGAGGAGGAGUCUCUGCUGGACGAGGAGCGCCGCAAGCUCUCUGCUGAGGAGAAGCCUACCAAGGGUGUCGAUGCCGGUAACAACGGCGUCGCCAGCAUCGAUAGCGGUGUUGGCAAUGUCGACUCGGCUGAGAAGGGUCUCACUCACACCACCAUGCCGCCCCCGCACACCAAGCCCAACUUCUUCGUGAAGUUCCUGCGCCCGGACAUUUACCACGACUACGCCACCCUGCGCCGUCUGGUUCCUAACCCACUCGAUGUCCCUCCCUACACUGAGGAAGCCGAGCGCGACGCUUACUGCCACCCGGCCAUCACCUCGCAGGCCCCUCUUCUCUGGAUCCCCCGUGACCCCCUCGGUAUCUCUCGCCAGGAAGUUGCGCACACCUCGCGCGUCAUCCCGAUUACCGACGAGGACGCUUUCCUCGACGAGAACGCCAAGAUCACCUGGAACGUCGACAAAGGCGAGCCCCCGAUCUACGAGGAGAAGACCUAUUACUAA